AUGGCCGGGGCCGGCAUGGCCAUCGCCGUGCUCACGAGCGGCGGCGACGCGCAAGGCAUGAAUGCGGCUGUCCGCGCCGUGACCCGCAUGGGGAUCUACGUUGGAGCCAAAGUUUUCCUCAUCUAUGAGGGCUACGAGGGGCUGGUGGAAGGCGGCGAGAAUAUCAAGCAAGCCAACUGGCUGAGUGUCUCCAACAUCAUCCAGCUGGGCGGCACCGUCAUUGGCAGCGCGCGCUGCAAGGCCUUCACGACGCGCCAGGGCCGCCUGCGCGCCGCGCGCAACCUCGUGCAGCACGGCAUCACCAACCUGUGCGUCAUCGGCGGCGACGGCAGCCUCACCGGCGCUGACAUCUUCCGCUCCGAGUGGGGUGGCCUGCUCGAGGAGCUCGUUAAAGAUGGGCAGAUCAGCGAGGCUGUGGCCAAGGAGUACUGCCACCUCAACAUCGUGGGCCUCGUGGGCUCGAUCGACAACGACUUCUGCGGCACCGACAUGACCAUUGGCACCGACUCGGCGCUGCACCGCAUUAUGGAGGUGAUCGACGCCAUCACCACGACGGCCCAGAGUCAUCAGAGGACCUUCGUGCUGGAGGUGAUGGGCAGGCACUGCGGGUACCUAGCACUGGUGUCUGGCCUGGCCUCAGGGGCUGACUGGCUCUUCAUCCCGGAGUCACCCCCAGAGGAUGGCUGGGAGGACCGCAUGUGUGAGAGGCUUGGGGAGACGCGCAGCAGGGGCUCGCGGCUCAACAUCAUCAUCAUCGCCGAGGGUGCCAUCGACCGCAGCGGCAAGCCCAUCUCCUCCAACUACGUCAAGGAUCUGGUGGUUCGGCGCCUGGGCUUCGACACGCGCGUCACUGUCCUGGGCCACGUGCAGCGUGGAGGGACACCGUCGGCCUUUGACCGUAUCCUGAGCAGCAAGAUGGGAAUGGAGGCAGUGAUGGCGCUGCUGGAGGCCACGCCGGACACCCCCGCCUGCGUGGUGAGCCUCUCGGGGAACCAGUCCGUGCGGCUGCCCCUCAUGGAAUGCGUCCAGGUGACAAAGGAUGUUCAGAAGGCCAUGGACGAGAAGAGGUUUGAGGAGGCUAUCCAGCUCCGUGGCAGGAGCUUUGAAAACAACUGGAACAUUUACAAGCUGCUGGCACACCAGAAACCAGCCCAGGAGAAGAGCCCCUUCAGCCUGGCCAUCCUGAACGUGGGCGCCCCGGCUGCGGGCAUGAACGCUGCCGUGCGCUCCGCUGUGCGGAUCGGCAUCUGCCAGGGACACACCGUGUAUGUGGUGAACGACGGCUUCGAGGGCCUGUCUAAAGGGCAGAUCCGCGAGGUGGGCUGGCACGACGUGGCCGGCUGGCUGGGACGCGGCGGCUCCAUGCUGGGCACCAAGCGGACUCUGCCCAAGACGUGCAUGGAGAAGAUUGUGGAGAAUGUGCGGAAAUUUAACAUCCAGGCCCUGCUGGUCAUUGGGGGGUUUGAGGCCUACGAGGGGGUGCUGCAGCUUGUGGAGGCACGCGGGCAGUACGAGGAGCUCUGCAUCAUCAUGUGCGUCAUCCCAGCCACCAUCAGCAACAACGUGCCCGGCACUGACUUCAGCCUGGGCUCGGACACCGCCGUCAACGCCGCCAUGGAGAGCUGUGACCGGAUCAAGCAGUCAGCCUCGGGCACAAAGCGACGCGUGUUCAUCGUGGAGACGAUGGGCGGCUACUGUGGGUACCUGUCAACUGUGACCGGCAUCGCGGUGGGGGCGGAUGCUGCYUACGUCUAUGAAGAUCCUUUCACCAUCCAUGACCUGAAGGCUAAUGUGGAGCACUUGACUGAUAAAAUGAAGACAGAUAUCCAGAGGGGCCUGGUGCUGCGCAAUGAGAAGUGUCAUGAGCACUACACCACCGAGUUCCUCUACAACCUKUACUCCUCCGAGGGCAAGGGCAUCUUUGACUGCAGGAUUAAUGUCCUGGGCCACCUCCAGCAGGGAGGAGCCCCGACACCCUUUGACCGUAACUACGGCACCAAGCUGGGAGUGAAGGCUGUGCUGUGGAUGUCGGAGAAGCUGCAGGAAGUCUACCGCAAGGGGCGUGUGUUUGCCAACUCAGCCGACUCUGCCUGCGUGAUCGGGCUGAGGAAGAAGGUGGUGGCCUUCAGCCCCGUGACGGAGCUCAAGAAAGUCACCGAUUUUGAGCACAGGCUGCCCCAGGAGCAGUGGUGGCUGAAUCUGCGGCUCAUGCUGAAGAUGCUCGCCAACUACCAGAUCAGCUUGACAGAGUACAUCUCCGGGAAGAUGGAGCAUGUCACCCGGCGCACRCUCAGCAUCGAGAAGGGCUUCUAGUGCCGCCAGCCCGAGCUGUAGCUCCCUGCUCCUUCUCCCUUCCACUAAUGCCUCUGGAGUGCCGUGUAGCCCAGGACCACCAGUGAGUGGGUUGCAGAACUGUGAGACACCGUAGCCAUCCCUGAGCACAUGCCCCUUCCCCAUGUGCUGCUUGGAGAGCAACCAGGCCCCAUGUUCUSCAUAGCCAGUCCUUUUACUCCAGAYACUGUAAGGCAGGCAGAGCCUGGCCUYGAUUCCUAAACCAGCACAAUCAUGCCUGAAAACACUGACCCCGGGUCCAGUCCCUGAGCAGCUGGGGGAAGAAGCGGGAAUAUUAGAGCCCGGCUGCAUGGCCUGGAUGCUUAACCUCUCCCUUUUAGUUUAUUCUCACUAUUUAAUGAGCGAGGGUCCAGAUUCCUUCUCUCGCGGCCUGACCGCAUGAGCCAAUUGCUGCUUUUAGUUCCCUGCCCUCCAGUGCGGGGGGCAGCUGAGGAGGAGGCCCUGCUGUUCCAGGGCAGGUAGGGGCCGACACUGGAGACUCGCUGCUGCCACAUGGGUCCCCAGGAAAGCUCCUUCGGGUUCUCAUGGCCGUGCUGCAGCUGGCACGUGCACAUGGMCCUCCGUCUGCCCCACGUGUUGCCUCGCGGGAUGUCUUGAGCAGCAAGUGUUGGUCCUGGCAAGCCUGGCUCCCCAAACACCUUGCAUGAUGCUUGGCUCUGACCGCUGCUCUGUGGCGCUUGGCACGGGUGCCUUUCCAGCCCCAGAGCCCCUUUGUGCCAGGUGCUCUUGCCACGAGCAGGGCCGU